UUGUGGCGGUAAGAUGAGCGUUCGCCGGGAUAUAGUGAUAGUAUGCUUCCCCUCCUACCAGUAGCACUGGCCGUCAUUAUCCUAGCUGGAAAAGUGGUGCUCGCAGCGGGCUGCCAAGAUGGCCACCCGAGACACGCCCCUCAUCCGGACAAGGCAACGUCCAAAUACUGUGAUGGCGACUACUUCUGCACUCCCCCCAAAGAAUGCUGCUCACUGGGAUGUUGCUACCUCUACCCUCCCCCUGCACCAAACUUCUUCAACUUCGUCUCUUGGAACCACUGGUUCCUCUGGUGUGUGGCCAUACUGGGCGUGGCACUGUUGUGUGUCGUGUGCGGCUGCGGUCUAUGGCGGCGCAGAGACACUCCUGUCAAUCAGGACGCGGCCUCUGAGCCUGACAGUGCCGGCUCCUGCUGUCAGCCGCCUCACUACAGCCGAUGUUCCUCCUUCCACCAGCCUCCACCUUACUCGGAGGUGACAUCAAAGCCAGAUCUGUACCCGCUCGUGAUCAGUUACUCGGACAACGGCAAGUCUGGAGGCAGUUACCUGAUGGUGCAGUACUUCCGGAACUACAUCAUGCGGCCAGUGGGUUCACUAUCUGCUACGAGCACUGCUGAUUCGCUUAGUUCCAGCCUUUUUUGCAACGCUACCAAUGAGGCCAACAGUCUGGUGCCCCCUCCAUACUCAAGUGCCCCCGACAGUGUGGACCAGAUCCCACCCAGUGACACCCCCUUUGACCAGUCCUUGAGCUCCUGUCACGCUCACAGCUGUGUAUUAGUGUCUGAGGCCCCGCCAGGGCGACCCUCACUGUGCGGGGGUUUGUCAACUGUCAGCUCUGUAGCGGGGCUGGGGGGGCCUCUCCACUCACCACCCCGUGCCACCUCCCCCACCACCCACCUUCUACACAAGAUCAAUCAGCUGCCUAGUCAACAGAGUGGAGGAAGUGGCAGCAGUAGUCGGCUGAAACUUUAUAUGCCUUUGACUCGAGGCCGGCACUGGCUAAGUCGAUCAGCACCCACAACCCCUUCCUCUCGGCUCACUCCUGCAACACCGUUUCCAUCAGGUGAGAGUUCACCUCUCCUGCAACCAGACCAGGACCAGGACACUACCUUCUAGAUCCAGCAUCUUCAUCUUCACUGCUAGCCGAGAGAUUCGGCUCUCAUGUCUUUUCUAAUGGCUCAUUCCUGUAAAUCCCUUUAUCUUGGGAGAGAGCCCACCCAUCUUGCAGUCAGAUCUGGAAUAGAAUCACCUUGUUGAGUCUCUUCUACCCUCGAAGGAGCAGGAAAUCUUCUGGCUGACAUAUUACCACAAGCUUUAGAAUACAUUUAAACAGUGUAUAAAAUAAUUCAUUUCAGAAAAAUUUUCUUUUUUUCUGGAGUAAACAAUUUGUUAACCAUAGAUGAAAAUAUGGUCUAAGGAUAUGCACACAGAUUUAGACAUGAAAGUUAUAUAUUAUUGACAAGUUCCCAUAGGAAAAAACCCGAUUUUGUUACCUUUGUAGUAGCAACCCAGCCUACUAUGAUCAGCAAAUAUGAACUGAUCCUGGUCACUACAACACAUUUUGAGUAUUUUUUUAUAUUAUGAGUUUAUACUAAUGCAAACUUUUCAGGUUACAUUUCAAAUCAAUUUCCUUUAACCCUUUGGGUUCGGCAUUCAAUUUAUAUGAUUGUCCUCUCAGAUCGCCUGACCACAACAUCCCUCAACCACCCCCUCUCUACCUCUCAACCUCAAGUUUACUGUAUACAAUAUGAGGUUGAGUGGUAGAAAGGGCUUGAUAGCCCUAACUCCACCUCUUUAAUAAAGGCAUUUUUCAUUUCAUUUCCCAACAGUGGCCAUAGCUGUUCUCUGCGUCAGGUCGUUCAGCUUGUCAAGACCUUAUGUGUGGCCCACUGUAUUAAGAAGUUAUAAAAUUCAGUCCUUAUCCAAUUGUGGCUGGAAAGUGCUGCAAUAUCUCGGCUAAAUAAGCAACUAAAUUAAUAUUUAUCUAUUUGCAGCACAUACCAUAGUAAACAUCGUUCACAAUUAUUUUUUUAUUCGAGUGUCACGAGUCACUGUAGCUCCCAUAGUGUAUCCUAUCAAUGUAUUAAAAUACUAUGCAUUUGGCGGAAACCAAGCUCAAAAUAUGGAAACGAGUUAUAUUCUGUUGAUAAUAAAAAUCUACUUCAAAUAAAAAGACUUAAAACAGAUCAAACUUAAAUUACAAAUUACUUAGUUUAGCAAAUAAUAAAAAUAAACCCAUUGAUAAAGUUUCAACCUUGAAGCUAAUAAACUUUAUAAAUUUUUUUAGAAUUUAAUUUAAAUCUUAGUCAUGUAAAGAGCUAAAGAUCAAAUACACCAUUUAAAGUAAAAGUGACGUACAAGCAUUGAGUGGUGACGCAGAAUACAGCGAGCCACUAAGCGUGGUCCGGCAAGCUGAGAGGACAACCACCUGAGAGUCCAUCCUGAACGAGAGAUACGUUUUAGCCAUAUUAGAGGCCUCCCGAUCGCAAAGGGCAUUGGAACAAAUUUGUGUUCUUGUGAUCUUGGGUCAAUUGUCGAAAUCCAAUCAAGAGAAGAGGUUUGGAAAAUUUUGUUCAUAAAAUAGAUAUUUUGAAAGCACUUCAAAUGUUUUUCUUGCUUUUGAAUUAUUAAUAGAGAAGAUGUGAACUUUCUGUAAAGAUUAUGAACAUUGGUCCAAACGCAAAACAGAUGUAGCAGAGAUAGAUUAUCUAUUGCAUUCCAAAUGGCUAAUCCUAUUGUACAAACUAAACAAAUUGAAAGAUAAUGUGACAAGAGAAAUGUAGUAAAACGACUUUGAAUUGUAUCGCAUAAGAAAGUUAAAUCAAGAUGGCUGCCAGUAUAGCCAGCUCUAUAAUGGGACUUUGCUACAAUAAUAUCAGCUUUUCUAACAAUACAUGUCUGGUAUCUUUAAGACAAAUUCGUAUAAUCCUUAUUUCAGGGCAACAAAUUCUGUAUGUGAAAGUAAACAACAUUCACAUUUUGUUUAAAGAAAAGUUGUUUUUUAACCAGCCAGAAGAUUUCCAAUCGGGCGGUGACAUGCCAGAUGUAUGAAUGCUGUGUAGACUUACUCCUAGCCUGACUCAAUGAACUGUUUUCAAACUAUUUGUCUUAAGUAAUUUUUAAGAUGUUGUAAUUUGCCAAAAAGUUUUAUUGACUUUUUUAACGAAUGUUGUAGUGUCCUCGACUUUCUAUUCGCAUCGCUUGACAGUUACAUCAAUCGAUUAAAGUGGUUUAUUAAACAUACAAUGUAACUUGUGGUUAUUUUCGGUAAGUAAGGGAAUGAAUUACUUGUAAGGUAGUUGAUGUGUAGAGUAAGUAAUCAGCUUCUGAGUUUCAUUUUGUAAUCAGUGUGAAACUGCCCAUGCUAUUUUGCUGCAUCAGCAUAAUACACAGAUUGCCUGAUGAAAAAUGUGGGUUUAUUGUGAUGUUUAUAUAAAUAUUAUUGUUUAUUGAAAGUGCUUAUAGUGAGGUAGAUGGUGUAAGUAGUGUAAGGAGUACCAUGGAUGCACGAGGAGUAUUUUAUUUUACAUGUAAAAGUGGACUCACGAAUUAAAAAGGAAAUUAAUGUAAGACAAAUUUUGCUAGUAAGUGUUAGUUGUUGGACUCUGUGAUCAUGUAAAUAAGAAAAUGAUUUUGAACCAAGUCAAAUUAUUGUUGGAAACAAUAACACGACAAUACACUGUCGUCAAUCAAACAACAACAAUCAAUAUUGUUCGUAACUUAUAAUGUUUCAGUCUUGAGCUUCUUUUUGUUGGAAAUAAUUACAGUUGAACUGUAAAAUACAUGGUAAAUUUUGAUGUUUAAAUGGUUACCACCCAAUUGUAUUUUAAAAACUUAAUUUUAAACUUAAGCACAAUACAUUGCACAAUUUGAGUAACAAAUUGUAAGCAGCACAAUGUUUUAACUUACCAGCUAAUGGGCAUAGAAAAACAAAUUUUAAUACUUAUUUCUAUUGAAGUGUAAGAAUUACAUUAAAUAUUAUGGUAAUGUUUUUAUUAUGGGAGACUGAGCUGUGAUUUUUACCUGAAAUGACAGAAUUAUCUUGUUUUCAUCAUAAAAGAAAAGUAUUUAUAACAACCAUCACUUAUUUCUUACCUUCCUGUACAACGAUUUAGCUUGUAGCUAAGAGUUCACUGACAAUCUAUGAUUUAUACUAAUAAUAGCUUUUCAUUAGCUACCUCAGAAUCCCACCAUGAUCAACAUUUGAGAUUUGUACUUUUGUUUGCUUAGUCGGAAUUACAUUUCUUUCAAAAAUUGUUUCAUUAACUUAAAAUAUUUGAAUAUACAAAUUACCAUCAUAGAAAACUUGCCCCUUCCUUAUUCCACAUUCUUGUAAGAAAGUCAGCUGACUCUAUAUCGCUCUGUGAUAAAGAAGUGAAUCUACUGCUAGAUAAUAAUUGAAUCACUG